GUUGGUGUGUUCAGCGCCACCUAUCGCCCCGGCGACGCCGAGCUGCAGGAAGUGAUGCGCUACAACGACGGCAUCGUGCAGACCAUCGCCGGGGGAGGACUGGUGGACAUUUACCCCUGGAUGAAGGUGUUUCCUAACCAGAGUCUCAGUAAGCUGAAGGACUGUAUCACCGUCAGAGAUCGGCUGCUGUCUCGCAAACUGGACGAGCACAAGGCGUCUCUGAGUGAUGGGGAUCCCCGGGACCUCCUGGACGCGUUGCUGAAGGGGAAGACGGACAGCGUGCCGAGUCAGACCUCCUCCGGUUCUGAAGAGACCAUUACAGACGACCACGUCCUGAUGACAGCCGCCGAGGCGUUCGGAGCCGGCGUGGAGACCACGUCCACCACGCUGCUGUGGAUCCUCGCCUACCUGCUGCAUCACCCCGAGGUACAGGACUCUGGUGCACUAGCCUGCGGCAUGAGGGAUCCCCCUCCACCCGUUGCUAUCCCCGUGGGACCGACGGCAGGUGCGGUGAAGUCAGGGGACCCCCAAGAGCCCAAAAUGCCUCCCAAUAGAGUGGCGACACGGGGACAUGUUCCUGGUAACAUGACGCUGUUCCCUUGA